GCGCGCUAAAGUUCAUUCUUACUCUGUCGCGCGCUCCUCCUCGCUCCUCACAACCCGCUUGCAUUUCGCGCUUAGGUGGCCUCGCGCGCCCUCCCGACGUCCGCGGUCCGCCACAAGGCGAGGACGGGCCAGCCGCUGGUCUCUCUUCGUCCGCCCCUCCCUCUGCGGCUGCCGCGGGCACGGGCAGGGCCGCCGAGUUCGCACGUGGGGCAGCUGCGGUGCCUGCCUCGCCUCCCGCGGGCGGGACGCUGCUCCGGACAUGUCCUUGACCUCUGCGCCGUCUGCUCCUUGGAAGAGCUUCACUUUGGUGCUGCUCUUGGCUACGGGCGAAACGACUCCUACGCGGCAGGCACAUAAAUAUCAACGCUGGGAUUACUUGGUUGAAAAGUUGGAAAAUACUGGAAGCAAUGUUUCGGUUAUCAAAGAGGCAGAGAUGCAGGAAUCGCCUAAUCUACAGCUUACAACUUCAUCUCAGAGGUCAGAAUGGUCCUUACGUUCACUUAAGCAGAAUUGGGAAGAAUAUGUACGUCAGUGUUUAAAGUAUCUCCAUGAAGAACCCCCACCUGUGACAGAAGGCAGGUUCUGUAACAGAACAUUUGAUGAAUAUGUAUGCUGGCCUGAUGGAAUGCCUGGUACCUAUGUGAAUGUGAGCUGCCCUUGGUAUCUCCCAUUAGCUAGCAGAGGGCAAGUUUAUCGCUUCUGCACACUUGAGGGCACGUGGCUGCUGGAGGAGAAUUCUACCCUCCCCUGGAGGAAUAUUUCCGAGUGUGCAGUUGCUGAUACAGACUUGCCAGAAGAACCAACUGUAUUCCUUUCUGUGAUCUAUACCACUGGAUAUGCUUUGUCUUUUUCUGCCCUUGUCAUAGCAACAGGCAUCCUCCUUGGGUUCAGGCAUCUGCAUUGCACCAGGAACUAUAUCCACUUGAACCUUUUCAUCUCCUUUAUCCUACGUGCUGUAUCUGUCUUCAUUAAGGACUCUGUGCUCACAUGGAUGUACAGUCACCCCCAUGAACACCAGUGGGAUAAAUUCAUGUCCUAUCAGGGGUCACUUAGCUGUCGCAUGGCCUUUGUGAUGAUGCAGUACUGUGUGACUGCAAAUUACUAUUGGCUGUUGGUGGAAGGGAUGUACCUGUACACACUGCUAGUGCUAUCAGUAUUUUCUGAGCAGAGAAUCUUUCGGCUUUAUCUUUGUAUUGGCUGGGGUGUGCCAAUGCUGUUUGUUAUCCUCUGGGGAAUUGUCAAGUACCUUUAUGAAGAUGAGGGCUGCUGGAACAAAAACCAUGACAUGAACUACUGGCUGAUAAUCAGGCUGCCCAUCCUUAUUGCUAUAGGGGUGAAUUUCCUGAUCUUUAUCAGAGUUAUAUGCAUUAUCUUUUCUAAGCUGCAAGCCAACCUGAUGUGCAAAACUGACAUAAAAUGCAGGUUGGCCAAGUCUACACUGACUCUGAUCCCACUGCUGGGGACACAUGAGAUCAUCUUUGCUUUUGUAACCGAUGAGCAUGCCAAAGGGAAGCUGCGUCUUGUGAAGCUCUUUUUUGAACUCUCUUCAUCCUCCUUUCAGGGUCUUCUGGUAGCAGUUCUGUACUGUUUUGUCAACAAUGAGGUUCGGACAGAAUUUCAGAAAAGCUGGGAGCGCUGGAGACUAGAACACCUUUAUGUCCAGAGAGACAGCAGUAUGAAGCCACUCAAGUGUCCAGCCAAUAGCAUAAGCAGUGGAGGAACAGUGGGGAGCACAGUCUAUGCUGCCACUUGUCAGGCUACAGUCAGCUAAGAUUUCUAAAGACAAGCGCAGAGUUGAUGGAUCAUCUGACCUGAACUGUAGGAGGUGCAAUUGAAUGCCCUUGACUAUCCAGGCAAACUGGUUGCAAGAGACCUGGCAAAGACUUGAGCCUCCUUUGUUCAUGGCUGCUAGCAGCUGGAUGAGCUUUUAGAAUAUAGCAGACUACUAAUGUAAUCAGUGUAUCUGGGACAGAGGGAUGGAAUCUGGUCUAAAGUAUAUUUAAAGAGUUUUUUCCUUAUUCGUAUCAACGGUCUCCAGGUGUCCUAAACAUUUAAUUGAUGCAGUCAAAAAGCAUGAGGUUAACAGAUUUGUGCAGGCGCACAACUUGAAAGCUUUAUUGAUUAAAUUAUGAGGAUGCAUCUGAUUAAUACAGACAUUAAUACAUGGUUAGAAAGAAGCAGUUAUUUGACUCUGACCAUACAUUUCAGGACCUUUCCAGAUGAUAGCUUUGCUAAUAAAUACAGAGUUAAAUGUCUCUUAUUCCAGGGGAUCCAGGGUCUUUCCCCCAAAUACUAUCCCUGUGGUAAGGAAAUAUAAUUUUCCCUCCAUUCAAACUGCAAUCUGUUCAUUGGAAAUCACUUUCUAACACAGUUAGCAUAUCCAUUGCAGUUUGAAAUGUCACAUGUAGUGUCACACUCACUUUACAGCCAGUGCCUGCUAUACUAACAACUCUUCUUUCCUCACCAUCAUGGCAUAUGAUGACUUGAAAUAGUCUUAUUGACCAAAGUCGACUUUUAAUAUUCAGAAUGAGAAUCCUGACAAAUAGCCAUUCCACCCUUUUAUUCUUUCAGGCAUCUUCUCCCCUUUUAAAAAAAUGAAUGCAUGUUAUGCAUUCCUUAUUUGCAGCACUGGAGCUCCCAUAUUCCUUUAAGAACCCCCCCCCCCUCUCUCUCUCUCAUCCUCCCUUGCCCUUCUAAAUUUGGUGAGCUGGUAAUCCUCUGACACAACAGCAAUCCUCCCCCUGGUGGCAAAGAUAUACUACUGAUCCAUUGUAUAAAGACAGCUAGCACUGGAUCCCAUCUACUGCUUCUCGAGCACAAGGAAUACAAUCUGACACUUCUUCAUCAUCUGGAAAUACCUGAAUUGUGGGCACUAUUCUUGUGCCUGUCAAAUAAUUUCGUAACAGCUAUGUUCAUGUUUGAAUGCUGGAAAAGUGGGGAUAACAUUUUGCCUUUUGUUGCAUGCUCUUAAAGUUAAGAAGUUUCUCAGCUGGAUAAAUUUAAUCUAUGUACAGUUGACUCUAUUAUCCAGUUGAUGAGUGCAUGUCCUUUCUGUUAUCAUCACUGUGAUAAUGUAGUGUGAUAAAUAGUGUCCUCUACUUUUUUUAGUCUUACCUCUUACAUAGCCCUUUACAGCUUCAGAAGGCUGCACAAAUGCUAGUAUGAGCCAAAGUAAUUAGUUGCUUGCUGGCAUAAGUAUUUGACAGUGAGUAAUAUGUUAUCAUCUGCUCAUUACAGAAAGACACAUGGAGUACAUAAAGAUACUGUUUAUUGGACUAAAAUCUCUGGAGACACAUGUAGAAUUUAUCUUGUGACACUAUAAUCCUUUGUGCAUAGGAGCCUUGGAGUUGCAUAUUUAGCAUACUCUGCUUAUAUCUGGGACUCCCCCCUUGCCUCUUCAAGCUGUAAGUCCUGUUAUGCUGAAUGUUGGGAGCGAGAACUGUUUGACCAAUUCACUAGCUACAUUUUCAGCACUUCGGUCAGCUCACUAUUAUGUGCUAGAGCAAGCCAGAAUGCUUGCUGUCAAUAAGACGUGAGAAUCUUAGUAAUUAAGUAGACUACUCAGCUGGAAUGAAUUAAAAAUAUAUAAACUCCAUGUUCUCUUUUCAGUAACUCCAUUACCAGGUGCCAGCCAUGCCAAGAAUAUUCAAUAGUAUAUAGAAAGACACUCUGGUUUACCAGCACCUCAUAUAUUGAUUGGGACAAAGGGUUUGCCCUACAGUGCUGAUUUGAGGGACAUUAGAUUGUCAUCUGCUUUGAAAAUGUAUUGCAUGAUACUGUCCGAUAGUACUGCAUGAUACUAUACUGGACAUGUGAAGAAGCCUCCUGUAGUGACACAUAGCAUUAGGUGUAGGAGGCUUCUGUGUGUUCCUGGUGUGACCUACAACAUGGCUUCUGUGGCCACUGGAGCCUAUUUGAUACAUUUGCCAACAAAACUGGGCAGUCCAGAAUGGUGGUAGUAAACUUCCAAAUCUAAAAUGUGGGGAUGCAAAGUGCUUUUGCGGGGGGACAGGCUAGGUUUGCCCAGCUCUGACAGAAAUCUUACAGACAUAAGAACAAGGAAGCUGCCAUAUACUGAGUCAGACCAUUGGUCUGUCUGGCUCUGUAUUGUCUUCACAGACUGGCAGUAGCUUCUCCAAGGUUGCAGGCAGGAAUCUCUCUCAGCCCUAUCUUGGAGAAGCCAGGGAGGGAACUGGAAACCUUCUGCUCUUCCCAGAGUGGCUCCAUCCCGAGGGGAAUAUUUUACAGUGCUCACACUUCUAGUUUCCCAUUCAUAUGCAACCAGGGCAGACCCUGCUUAGCUAAGGGGGCAAGUCAUGCUUGCUACCACAAGACCAGCUCUCCUCUCUGGAGACAAGGCACAAUUGUGGCUGCCAAAAAAUAAGCUAUUCAAUUGUGGAGGGAGGUUGUAAUACAAUCAUUACCUUCCCCUCCACUUUCCUUGGGUUUAAAGAAUGUCACUUGCAUGCCUUUCCCCACACCAUUAAAGUCUGCACAACUCACUUGAAUAAAAUGUGCUCAAUAAGAAACUAUAAAACAAAAGACAUUAGUUCAUAAACAACUGAAAUAAUGACUUUCUCUGAAUUCUUAUUUGUACACCUUUUGCCAGAGAUGGUUUUGAAAAUAGGGUAGGGAGUCUCUGGGACGGAGCAAACACCAGUGAAAGGUUUUUUAAGAUAAUUUUACUUAGGAAACAAAGGCACUAAGAGAUCAGUACAGAACUUGCUGACUCAUAUACAAAGGAACAGAAAGGAGAAGAGAAAUUUCUACCUAGCCCAACCAAUACAGAGGAAACUAUAGUGCCCCCUCUGGCUUCUGAGUAUAUGCAAACUCAAUUUGAGUAUAUGCAAACUCAUAUACUUGAGUAUAUGUAUAUGCAAACUAUACAGCAAGCUAGGCUGCAGCUGUUGCAUAUCCCAACAAAUAGUAGUGCCCAAACUAUGCCUGCAUCUCUUGGGAAGAACACAGUAUGUUUCUGAUAAAUCAGAGGCAGUAAUGUGGGGAAAUGACUACAUUGCACACUUUAAUAUCCCAGUUUAGAUGGCUGUAUAAAAUGGCAUAUUGUGUUCUACUCCUAUACAUAAUAACCAAACCAGUCGCAGUCCCAAGUUAGUCCUAUAAAGCCCACUGUAGUUUCUGACUUAAGUUUUUCAUUUCUUGGUAAGUUAUAAUAUAUUAAGGCUGCAGUUCUAUGGACACAGUUCUAUGUGAGAAUAAGAUCCAUUAAAACAAUGUAGCUGACAUCCGGAUUACUGUAGUGAGUGCAUCUAACAUCAGUUUGUGCACAGUGGUUCCAAAGCAUGGGUGCUCUUGUGCACACAUACUUCAGAGUUUCCUCUCUGUACUCCAGAAGCACUCUGUUAGAGCAGAAACACACCACCAACCCUCAGAGACAUGUUUCCAGUCCAACAGAGUGUUUCUGAAGUGGGGGAGAAGUUCAAAGGUAUUUGUGCUCUUGCAGGAAACACCCUCACUUCAGAAGUGUGGGGAGUAGAAUGAGGGUAGCUGUUGCAUGUGCACUGUUAGAAGUGUGCAAGCUGCAACAAUCAGGAUGGCAGCCUGGAACUCUGUGCAAACAUGAACACGGCUGUACUUUAAGUGAAACGUCAAACUCUGAAUUCUGCCUACUUCUGUUGUUAAAGCGAGUCUAUCUUCAUGACAUGCUGGAUAGGCCUUUUAAUUGAUUAGGGUCUCUCCCCCCACUCCCACAGCAUGGAAAUAAUGGAGGAAAUUGAAAUCUCUACAGGGAAAAAAAUAUCAAGUGACAUCAUGUAAUUCCUAAUAAGAAUUAUUUCAAUUUGUUAAGUGCAGUUCCAUUACAAAUAAGACAACUGAUGUGCACAUAAAAAAGAAGCAAUAGAAGACUUAGCUAACUUGUAGUAAAAUCCAUAAACUAUGAAAGAGGUGAGAACGCAAAAGCUUAAUUAAGUUAAAGCUUGUAUAUUGAGGGUUACAAAGAUGUUGGUAUUUAUAAAUAACAUAUUUAUAGAGUAUUUUAAUUCAGAUAAGGACUCACAUGUACUUUAUAUACAAUUGAUUGCAAGGUUGAUAUGAACUCUGUCCAAUCCAAAUAAGCAAAAGCUAUGCAGAGUGAUAAUAUAUUUUCAACAUGACAGCAGGCUUUCUUCCACAUAAUAUAAAAUGGCAGAUUUUGCAUAUGGCACAAUUCUGGCCCAAGCCCAUAUGUAUAGAUUAUGGAAGCUGUGCUGGAAGUGUUUGGUUAAAAAAAAACCCACCAGAUUUUAUUGAAUCGUUUUUUUAAAAAAUGUGAAUACUAAAUCUCGAACCUCAUUUAAAAUAUAAUUUCGUUAAAAUUAAAUCUCAUUACAAGCAUGCUACCAACAUAGUCUGUUAAAAAUUAAUUAGUGACUUUGUCACACACACACCCCAAUCAAACAUGGACAAUCAUUUGAUUUCAUCUCAUGAAAAUAGUUCUAGUCUUCCCAACAACUAUCAGCUAUUGCUUUUAAAGAUCUCUGGGGUUUGUUCUGAAAUAGAUGAAAAACACAUGCAAACACACAGGCUGCAUAGUAGGGAGGUUAUUUUGUAAUGGUGCUGGGCCAAGGCAAAGGAAUUAAGUCAGAAAUACAAUAUAGGAGUGGCCUAGGGAGGUAAAGUGGAAAGACAAGGGAAGGUACUAUUCAGUAGGCCUGUGCAAAAUCGGAUCAGGAAUGUUGGAAUUGGUCCAACAUUGCUGCAGUCAAAAAUUCGGCCAAAUUCCGGUCUGAUACAGAGUCUCUGAUAUCAGAUCGAAAUUGCCAGAAUUUAUGUAGAAUGUGUUUUUAUUUAACAAGGUGUUCUUGUACAAGAGCACCAUUCUGGAAACAGUAGAACAUUGACCUCUAUGGGGAACAAUCAGAUAUUAAGUCAGAUUUCCAACCAGAAAUCUGACUCCAACCUGACAUCCCCAGGAGCCCAAGAACCCAAUUCCAAUAUUUUCAAAAUCUGAUUGGAUCAAAUCAGAUUUUUGUGUGUGUGCACAGCCCCACUGUUAAGUACACAGCUUCCUAUAUUAACACAGAAAAACUAUCAUAGCUUCUGGGCUUAAGGAACACCUUACCUGGGAAUAUUUUGAAGAAAUACUUUCCCUGGGUAAAAAAAUAAAAUGUGUCAAAUGUAAGCAGUGUAACAAAGAGAUGCAGGACAGCUUGACACAAGUAAUGGUAUCCAUCAAAUAAACAACUAUGUACUACUUCCUAAAUUAGUAAAAAUCAAGUUAUCUAAAACACAUGAAAUAUACCCUUGUAGGUGUUGUGAUUACUCUAUCGAGUUGUAAAUGUUUUCAGUGAUCAAAUUUACACCAUCAUUUAAGAAAUAUGUGAAGCAUAUUUCUGUGGGGAAACUUGAUUUAAAUUAAUGCUUUAAAUUGAGGUUCUCGGUGACUUAAGUUGCCUUUAUUUAAAUCAAUCCACCCUUGGUUAGGGAAGUCCACUAGAGAAGCAAAACCAAAAGGCACACUGAACUUUGUUGCUAAAGUAGAGUCCACCAGACCUAGGAGACCAUCAACAACCAGUGGGACGCUUUCUGUGUAAUUGAGCCUAACAAGAAAGUUGCUGGUAUUAAGCAUAUCUAGCUCCUCAGUAUCUGUAUUUGCUUUUUGUCUUGUUUGCUCAAGUGAAGUUUUUUGCAUUCCAUCCUGAUUCUUCUCUCCAAGCCAGCUGUUUCUCCUCUCUUGAAUCUGUUCCCAGUAGAAUGGCAUAAUAAUACUGCAGUGCGUGCAACUCCUCCAGCCAGGCUGGUUAAUCUUAGGACACUAUAGAAGAGAGAAGCAGUCAAGCUUCUUUUUAGCUUUCUCUGAGCAGAUGAAAGCAGCACAGAUAAACAAGAAACACCGUCUCAUUACCAGCAACAGGUUUACAGUAUUCCUUAUCAAAUUAACACUGACUGAUAGACGAGGGAAAAGAAUAUGCAUCUGUUUCUUCAAGCUGUCCUUGCUUCAUAACAUUAAGACUGCUCUUCAUACGGUGCUCAGAAAUGGACGAAGCAGCUCAUGGCACCAGCAACCUGUUCACUCACUGUGAUUCUGCUUCAUGAUGUAUGGAGAUUAAAGUUACAUUUCAUACUUUUACACACAAGUCUUGUUGAUUUAAUAGGACUUGUAAGGCAUACGACUCAGUGCAAGAUUGCAUUUUGUAUGAGAUAAUGAUAUCUGUAUAUUCAUGAUUAAACAAAGUGAAGGCUUGUUUCUAUUCUUACUGCUUUAAUUCAUAUUUUUAAAAGCUUUAUUUUGAUACUGCAUGUAUUUAAGGUUUUCAAAGGCAAUUAUCAAUGUAUGUAAAAAUCAUGAACUUUGUUAAUGUAUGUGAGUUUAUCCUUGUUUUCCUGCAAAAUAUAAUUUGCUAGAUCAAGAUUUGCCAUGA